UCGGACUUUGACUACUCUCGUCCCCAACAUUCUAAGGAUCACGAGGCCUAUGGUGCGAUUGAACUACUCUGCAUCAGCUUCAAGAGUGACCAUUUCAUGCUUGGAGAAGUAAUCCAGGUUAAAUUACGCAUCGAAUGUGCUUGAGCUUGAUUCAACGGCAUGGGCUCAGUUACAAGUUGAUGCUUCCUACAACAAGGUCCGCGUGUGGAUAUCAAAGCGUGGUUUGUGCUUCAGCCGAUGGUAGUGGUCCACUUUCUGCUUGCGUUGCUUAGGCUGACUGAACGACACCAUCACAGUCAGAAGCUGGGUCAUGCAGCGGCUAGCCACACUGCGUCGUUCCAACAGCCAAGGAAGCAAGUCUCCACCAAACACAUCCGCAACUCUUCGCAGGCAUCGUCUUCCAACAUCCAAGCCCUGGAAAGUAAUUCUAUCCUUGCGGUUCCACUCCUUUACGCAGGCACAAGCAGUUGCAGAGUGAUUAUUGGAGGCUGGAGCAAGGUUUCUGGCCAGCUCGCAUCCAUGAAGGAUGGCAUCGUGAGAUAUACUCCGUACAUGGGUGUCAGGAACUUUUGUUCGCAAACAACCCACAGAAGCGCUCUAUCACAUCCAUGCCCUGAGCUUCAUUUUCACUGCAUUGUAAUCGUAUGGCAAGGAAGGUACAUCGGGAUGAUUAGCCUCAAUGAUCCGCGGCUUGCAAUUCAGGGGGUAAUAUGAACGCCCGGAAGUUAGAAUCUAAGUGGACCAUGACAAUUACCCGUCGAUGAACAUCGUUUCGAUCGAUAGCCCAACACUCAUUUCCCGUGUUGCUCUACCACAGGAAACUUCAUGUUGGUAGAAUUGGUCGAUCUUCGUUAGUAAUAUCAAUGGCUCACUUAAUGCCAGGGUGUUUGAAGGAUUU